GAGGAACAGAAGACCAUACAGAGAGAAGAGUUACAGCAUACAAAAGAAUAUCUGAGCUUGGAGUUGCCCAAUGUGGAAUCUGAGACUUACUCCAAGAGUGAAACAUGUUUGGUUCAAGAGAUUGUCAGAGAUUCUUCUGUAAGUCAAGAAAUAGCAUCUGAUGAUGGUGUUGAAAAACUGACUGUUACCGCGGUUGCUGUAGCUGAAGAUAUCAACACUUUAAUUAAUGAGUUGGUAGACACUGUAUGUGCCAUGGUAGUUCAGAGCGAAGAAAUGAGCGCUAAAAAGAAUAUGGGCUUAGAUUGGAUUAAUUCAGUAAUGCUGGAGUGUGUGACACCUCCUGAGAGUGAUGACGAGGGUUGCCCAACUGACCAGCUUUCCCACGUUGACUCGAAAUGGGCGGAUGAAUGUUUAGAACAGAGUUCCAUCUUCGAUGACCAAGAGAGAGACUUACAAGCCAGAGUUCAAGGACGUGGAGAGUUUUGUUCAUCACCAAAUGAAAACAUGAUGACUGAUUCAAUAGAUGUUUCUGAAAAAACAGGCAUUCAAGGGAAUGAUGCUACCUCGGCUACCAUGGGGUUGUGCCCAACUUCACCAAGUUGUGGCAAAAGUCAGGCAAAGUUGGGCACAACCAACCAAGAAUGCAGAUGUUCAUUGCUUGAAACCACUGAGUCUCUGGAGGUGGAUGACUACAGCGUGUCCAUUUUGGGGAAAGUUGAGCAAACAAAAGCUAGCCCAGAAGAACCCAUUUGCGACAGAGAAGACUGUUCUAGAGUAGUAGGUGUGAGAAACUCACCCUUUGUCCCAGCAGAAUGUCAGACUGACUCUUUGGCAGAAGAAUCUGAUUCUCUGGUUGAUGGAGAUACAAGACAAGCUCCAGAUGAUCGUGAAGAAGUGACCCGGAUAGAGGCAAAAGGGUGCCUGAGGAAUCUUGAAGACCCUCUGCCUGAUGAAGGGACCCAGUUGCCCACCAGUUCUUCAGAUAUGGACUGGGAAGAUGAAUCUCUGGUGGUGGGCAGUGGCCAAGAUCCUUGUGCAGAUUGGUAUCCCAAAAGUAA